AUGGCCGAAGAAUUUGAUCCCUCAACCCAUCCCCAUCGUCGCUUGAACCCGCUGACGGGCGAACAUGUCCUCGUCUCCCCGCACAGGACCAAGCGCCCGUGGCUCGGCCAGACAGAGGCGCCAUCAGCCCCAUCUUUGCUGAAGUACGACCCGCAAUGUUAUCUCUGCCCCGGCAACUCGCGAUCUGGUGGCCAGAAGAACGAGAACUACGUCAAUACGUUUGUCUUCGAGAACGACUUCGCUGCUGUUCUACCCGGUCCUCCGCCCACCGCUCCGAGUGUGCCGCACCCGCUUCUCCAAACGGAGCCCGUAGCCGGUGGUUGCGACGUGCUCUGCUUCCACCCACGCCAUGACCUGACUCUCGCGCGCCUGGAGCUCAGUGACAUUGAACACGUUAUCAAUGAAUGGGUGUCCAUCUAUCUUCGCCGAGGCAAGCAAGAGGGGAUCAAGUAUGUCCAGAUCUUCGAGAACAAGGGCGCGAUCAUGGGAUGCUCGAACCCGCAUCCACACGGACAGACCUGGUCGUUGAGCGAGGUGCCCACGCUUCCCGCGACUGAACUGGCUUCUCUCGCACGCUACGCGGCCGAUCCUGCGUCUCCUGUUGCUGAGGGCGCCCCUCGCGGCGCGGAUGGCAAACCAUGCUUGCUGUGCGAAUAUGCACACUUCGAGAUUGGCGUGGCUGAGGCGGAGGGUCGCGUCGUGGUGAAGAACGAGCACUGGGUGGCGCUUGUUCCAUGGUGGGCCACCUGGCCAUUCGAGAUCUUGCUGUUGCCCUACCAUCGCCACAUCACCUCCAUCGACACCCUCUCGGCGAAUGAGAAGAAGACCUUCGCCGACAUCCUAUCUCGGGUGACGAAGCGCUACGAUAACCUGUUCUCAACAUCAUUCGCGUACUCCAUGGGCAUUCACCAAAGCUCGACGCCAGGCUCGAACGACGAGGCUCACCUGCAUCUUCACUUCGCGCCGCCUCUGCUCCGUAGCGCUACUGUGCGGAAGUUCCUGGUCGGCUUCGAGUUGAUGGCCGAGGCGCAGCGGGACUUGACACCCGAACAAGCCGCAGGGCGCCUCAGAGCACUCAGCGAAGUGCACUACCUCGAUGUGCUUGAACAGGAAGCAGCUGCACGGACCGAGGCCUAG